AUGGGUUGCAACACCUCAAGGCUUGACCGGCUACCGGCGGUGGCGCUGUGCCGUGACCGUUGCAAAUUCGUGGACGAAGCGCUUCGCCAGAGCUACGCUCUCGCCGACGCACACGUGGCACACAUGGAGGCACUCAAAACUCUUGGCCCUGCUCUCCUCUGUUUCUUCGACGGUUUCGAUGAUUCCGACAAAACGAGUGUCCCAAGUAAGGAAACAAAGGUUUCUGUGGCGAAAUCUCAACCACCGUCUCGUUCCUCCUCUUCCCUUAGUUCAGACUCAGAUGAUACACACGUUCACGUUCACGUUCAUUUGCAUUCUGAAUCAGGAGCCGAAGAAGCGGAGAAAGAAGAGUUCCAAUUGUUCUCGCACCCUCGUUACGAUUACGCUCCGUUUUCUCCGCCUCGUUCCGGCGGCUACUCCGGCUUGAAGCCGCCGUCUCCUCCGCCACCAAGCGGUUCUCCCUGGGACUUCCUUAAUUUCUUCGAGCCGUACGAGAAGUACCAUGUGCCGUACAUUUCCAGCGGUGGUGAUGCUGACGUGGCGGAGAAGGAAAAGGGGGAGGUUGAGAAACGUGACGUAUCUAAAUCGAAUGCAGAAAAUGGAGAAGCGAAGAAGAAGAAGAAUAAGAUGAAGAAGAAUGGUGAUUCGAAGGAGAAGAAAGUGGUUUCGGAGAAAGUGGAAGUGGUUUUAGCUUCAGAGCAGCGUAGCGACUCUGCGAAAGUGAAAUCGGUGAAAGGUUUUUCCGAGGCGGUCAAAGAGAUUCAGAUUCUGUUUGAGAGAGCGUCGGAGUCAGGGAACCCCAUUUUGGAAUUGUUGGACGUUGGGAAACUUCGUUAUCAUCGAAAGUUUGAUCUCAAUCCGGUUUCGUGCAAGAUGAUGCAUGUGUUUACUCCUUCAAGUCCUCUUGGAGCUAAAUGCAUGGAAUCCCCAUUGCUUGGACGGAGAAUGGGACCUGAGUGUGAAGGAGUUUGUACAGACAAGAGUCUCAGUUACGCAAAUCUCUCUUCUACUCUGAAGAAAUUAUGUAUGUGGGAGAAGAAGCUCUAUCAUGAGGUCAAGGCUGAGGAGAAAUUGCGCAUGCUUCAUCAGAAGAAGUGUAAGCAGUUGAGACGUAUGAAACAAAAGGAUGCCGAUGCGCAGAAAAUUGAUUCUGUUCAAACUUUCAUUGGGAUUUUAGCUACAAAGAUGAAAAUUUCUAUCCAAAUAGUUGAUAAGAUAUCAAUUACAAUUAGUAAGUUGAGGGAAGAGGAGUUGUGGCCGCAGAUCAACAGGUUUAUUCUCACAUUUCUAGGAAUGUGGAGAGAUAUGCAAGAAUGUUACAAAUGCCAAUAUCAGCAAAUUGCUGAAGCCAAAACUUUGGACGCCUCAUCCUUGAACAGAAAGCAUGGCAACGAUCAUAUUGAUGCAACAAUGAAGCUCAAAUCUGAGGUACAGAAGUGGAACUUGAGCUUCUUAGAUUGGAUUCACGCACAGAAGUCCCAUGUGAAAGCGUUGAAUGGUUGGCUAGUAAGAUGUCUACUCUAUGAACCCGAAGAAGUACCCGAUGACUCAACUCCUUUCUCACCAAGCAGGAUUGGGGCACCACCUGUGUUUGUGAUAUGUAACAAAUGGUCAAGGGCAGUGGAUAAUCUCUCAGAGAAGAAUGUGAUUGAAGCCGUAAAUGGGUUUAUGCUCAGAGUGAAUGAGCUCUUGGAAAAGCAUAUUUUAGACCUUCAACAAAAACUAACGUUGGACAAAGAAUUGGAGAAAAAGGUGAAAAUGUUGGACAGGGAGGAGCAAAAGAUGCUCAAAGUGGUGCGGGCUAGAGAGAAAAAAAUGGUUCCGGUUGGUAGAGAAGAUUUUGAUGAACUGUUACGAGGGGGUGCUGUGCAUCAUGCUGAUAUUGUUGAUACUAUUAACCUACAAUCAGGUCUGAAGCAGAUCUUUAGUGCCAUGGAGAGGUUCACUGACAUCACUGCUUGCUUAUAUGAAGAACUUUGCCAACAAAUUAAGCAAGAGGACCAUGUUUUGGGAGAAUCCAACAAAAAUAACUAG